CGCCCCGGUCCCCCUUCUCCGGGAUCCUGAAGCUCGGAUCUGGGGAGAGGAGGAGGAGAUACCCAAUGGUUUCCCUUUGCGGGAUUUAUUUUGCCAGCUCCAAAGCUUCUGCCGCUUUUUCUGUUCUUUUUAGUGACCGAAGGCCUGCAACUUAUCCGGACGGUCCCUCCCCACUCGCAAGGGAGGAAGAGUUUGCUGACCUUGUGUAACAGAGGUAGGAAGAUGUGGCAUCAUCUGCAAACCUCGCCACGGUGGGACAUGCUCCGUGAGCAGGCAUUUGCGCUAACUUGAAAAGCUCUUUCAUUGGCUGAAUUGACUGCUUAGUGAUCAAUUGUUUAAUAGAUCACUUUACACCUGUCGUAGGAAUUGAUGGCCGGCCUUUGGGGAUCUUUACUGGGAACCUAACACACUUCACUGACUUGCAGUUUUGCUUUUCCUGUAAAAGAUUUCAUAUGUUGGAUAUUACAUGGUUACCGUGGAUCUAAUGCAGUGAUCAAAUUCGUUUGGAUAUUGUGGAGCUUCUCCUCGAGGGGUUUAAUACAUGAGUGGAGGUUGAGCAGUGCCUGAGUUUGCUGCUUGAGAAGUAAAAUUUUCCACAAGAGGCACAUUUGUCUGGAUGUUUCCAAUGAAGGACAUGGAUGUCCCUCGAUCUAGUACCCUGAGGAAGAAGAGGAAGUCAAGGUCGGAGAGAGAUCGAGAGAGGAGAUCAAAUGGGAUAAGGAACAACCAUGUUAAAGGCUCCGUCUUUCGCUUCUCUUCUGACUCAGAGCGGGAGGAUGAGAGGGAUGCGUCCUCAUCCCGCCCUCGACCUCCACGAAGAAAGCGAAGGGAGUCUACUUCUGCAGAGGAGGACAUCAUCGACGGCUUCUCCAUCACAGGGUUUGUGUCCCUGGAGGCUCUGGAGAAGAACACAGCAUUGAAACCCAAGGAAUGCAGAGCCAACCAGGCAGGGCCCCUGCACAAGAAAAAGACUGCCCGGGUCCACAACGGGCUGAGCCUGGAACCUUACAAGAACAAUCACCACCACCGGCCUUCCGAUCAGGAGAACAACCCUCGCCUGGCACACAGACCAAGCAAGAAGAAGAAGAAACGCCUGAACAAGAAACACUCCUUGCUGAAACCGGGGCAGAACAACUGUAAGGACAGCGACAGUGAGAACGUGAGCGGCAAGUCCAAGCCUUCGUUCAGGAGCAGCUCCAGAGACAGGCUGACAGAUUGUGAUACUGAGAGUGAUCAGGAUGAUAAGGUCUCUGAUGCCGGCUCUGAGAAAUUUUUUAGCGCAGCUGCAGUUAAAGUUUCAGAUUUUGGCAUCGAUGUGCUCUCUACCAAUGGCAGCCAGGAGCCUCAGGGCCCAGGCCUCGUCCAGGUGUCAGGCCUAGAGCGCAGCCAGGAGAGGAGCCAGGAGAGCUGCAGGGACCCACCGUCCCCUGCGUCCAGCGCCCCUCACCAACCAUUGCCCCCCCAGCCUCCGCCCCCCUCCCACCCCCGGAAGUCCAUUCCCCGGCCGCUGUCCCCUUUUUGGACCCAGACAACCUGCCCGACCCAGGGCGUGGCCUUGACCCACCUCCCCCCGCGUUCAGAGGCUCCUUCCAAGCCUCAGCAGCCUGCAGCCCUGCCUCUCGCCCAGGGCCAGGAGCCCUCGCUGCUCCCUCCUCCCCGGCCCCACCAGCAGCCUGAACUGUUGUCCCACCCCCGGCCGCUGCCGACGCCCAGCAUUCACCCGCAUCCGCCAUCGCCCGCCCUCCCCACGCACCACCCUCACCAGCAGCACCCGAGUCAGGCCGGGCCCCACCGGCCCCCAUCGCGCUGCCACUCCCGGCCUCUGUCUGCGUACAACAGCCUCAACCUCAACGGGCACAGCAGCAGCAGGAGCAGCACCCCAGGCACCAAACCUCACGGACCCCCUGCUCCCUCCUUGCACCUCCCCCACCCGCCUCCUCCAACAGCGGCUGCGGCAGCCUCCGCCUUUCCCCUGCCCUUGGCUACCCAGAACACCCCUCACAGCUUUCCCGCUGCCUUGCAGACCUCGCCGCACCCACAUCACCCCAAUAUGUUCGCUCCUCCAGCGGCUUUGCCUCCACCACCACCACUGACGUCUAGCGCCCUGCCAGUACCCGGACAUCCUGCUGCUGGGAGUGCCUACUCAGAACAAGAUCUUCUUCGCCAGGAGCUCAACACUCGUUUCCUGGCCUCCCAGAGCGCCGACCGCGGCGCCUCGCUGGGUCCUCCGCCCUACCUGCGCACAGAGUUCCACCAGCACCAGCACCAGCAUCAGCAUCAGCACCAACACACCCACCAGCACACCCACCAGCACACCUUCACGCCCUUCCCCCACGCCAUUAUGCCCACCCCAGCACCGCCCAUGGUGCGUACCCCUGCCAGAAAUUUUGACAAAUACCCAACAAAAGUCGACCCCUUCUACAGACAUAGCCUCUUCCACUCAUACCCACCGGCUAUGUCUGGCCUCCCCCCUGUCAUUCCUCCGACUGGGCCCUUCGGCUCGCUGCAGGGCGCCUUUCAGCCCAAGACCUCUAAUCCACUGGAUGUGUCCACAAGACCUGGAGCCGUCCCACACACAUUCCUACAGAAGGACCCCAGGCUAACGGACCCAUUUCGGCCCAUUCUCAGGAAACCGGGGAAGUGGUGCGCCAUGCAUGUUCAUAUCGCCUGGCAGAUAUACCACCACCAGCAGAAAGUAAAGCAGCAGAUGCAGGUUGACCCCCACAAGCUAGACUUUGGCCUCAAGCCUGAGUUCCUGAGUCGACCUCCGGGCCCCAGCCUCUUCGGUGCCAUCCAUCACCCUGGUGACUUGGCACGGCCGGCCACGCUCUUCUCUGCUGCAGGUCCUGCACACCCAUCAGCAGGUCCCUUCGGCCAUCCUCCCCAUCAUCCAGGAAACUUCCUCACCCCGACAUCUCAUUUGGAACCUUUCACUAGGCCUGCAUCGUUUGGAGGACUGGGAGCUCUCAGUUCAUCCGCCUUUGGAGGACUGGGAAAUCCAGCACUAAAAUCCCUAACAGCGGCCAACUCCAUGUUCGGCCAUAAAGAUGGCCCAAAUGCACAGCAGCACUUCAACAACGCUAACAACAACCACCAGGAGCCGUGGAACCGCCUGCACCGCACGCCGCCCUCCUUUCCCACGCCGCCGCCGUGGCUGAAACCCGGAGACUCCGAGAGGAGCGCCUCUGUCAGCUCGCACGAGAGGGACCGGGACUCUGACAAACGGGACUCUGUUGGUAAAGACGACAAAGACAGGGACUCUGCAGAAAAGCGUCACCCGAGCCACCCGUCACCAGUUCCUGUGAACCCCAUUAACCUCCUGGGCCACAGCCGACCUCCUGAGCACCACCGGAACCACUUACCGCCUGCAUCUGCAGAACCGCAAAGAGAUAAGGAGAGCAAAACGAAAGAGCGGGACAGAGAGCACUGCGACUCGUGGAAGGACGGCGGCACGGACGACCACAAGCUUAAAGACAACCAGCACGGCGACAAGGACACGCCGGUCAUCCACGACGGCCGUUUGUCGGAGGACAAGCUGUCCAAUAGGGGUACGGCGUCGCCCUACAUCCGGCAGACGAGCCUGGACCGCCCCAACGGCGGCCUGAACCGGGACGUCCUGGAGAAGAAGGGGGAGCUUCCCUACGAGCACCAGAAGAAGAACAAUGAGGUGAAAGUUAAGGAGGAGAGAAAGGAGGAGCAAGACGGCGCCACAGAGCGGCCGAGCGAGCACCCAAUACAAGCACCUUCCACACCGAACCUGCACCCCCCCUCCUCCAUGCCUGUGCCCAUGGGCAUGGCAGGUGUCCACCCCAUCAACAGCAUCAGCGGCUUAGAGAGAACUCGAGUGGUGGCACCCUUCAUGGGAAUCAGUCCCAUCCCUGGAGCGGACAGGCUGCCCUACCCUGCCUUCCACUGGGACCCUAUGAGGGAUCCAUACAGGGGCCUGGACAUCCACAGACGGGACCCUCUGGCCAGAGACCUGCUGCUAAGGAACGACCCUUUGCACCGGCUAGCGGCGCCACGCCUCUAUGAGGCGGAGCGCUCCUACAGGGACCGUGAGCCGCAUGACUUUAACCGUGACCACGUCCACCCUCUGGCACUGGAGCAGAGGAGGGAGCAGGAGCGUGCACAGCUGGAGGAGCGCGACCGCCUCAAUAUGCUCAGGGAGGAUUACGAGCAUGGGCGCCUUCACCCCGCAAUGCACCACCCUGCCCUUGACGGACACCUGCCCCACCCCGCCCCGGGCCUCAUGGCCCCCGGGCUCCCAGGGAUGCACUACUCCAGGGUCAGCCCCUCGGCGGCGGCUGCUGCCGCCGUAGCGCAUCAGAACAGCCUCCUGAACAAAACGCCGCCCACCGCCUCCCUGAGCGCCCCGCCCCCCCUCAUCCCCACGCUGGGCGCCCGGCCAGGCUCGCCCAGACGGACUACUCCUCUGACCACAGACCUCAGAGACAGACCGGCUCACAAAGACAUCGAGGCACGAUGAGCUGAGUUUCGGCAGACGCGACGCUGCUUCAGUUCUGUGCCUCACUAACACUGAACUCACACCAAGCACUUAGCUUUGAACAAAGCAAGACUGUAACAUAGCUGUGAAUAACUCGUGGGUGGGGACGUGCUCACGCAAUGAAUUGUUUUUGUAUAAAAGAGACAAUAAUCACAGAACAAAAAAAAGAAUUUCUAAGAUUUUUUUGCCCCAUUUGCUCCAGCUUUUCGUGUGCAUUCUCUCUCUUGUACAGCAAAGUGUCAUGGAGUAAAAAAGAACAAUUUUGGAAUGUACAGGUCCUUCAGCACUGAGACGGUUGAGCGUGUAGAUACCAUGUACAGUUGCUGUGCUCACUCUAUGGAUUCAAAAUCAUGGUACAAAUAUGCAAAAGGGUGGUUUGAAAGCUUUUCUUUAAUGUAAAUAGCAGUAUUAAGACGGUGAUUCAGAAUGUGCUCUUUGCCGUUUUUGUUUUCAAGCAGCUGGUGAACAUGCGACCAGAGUCCCUUCUCCAACUAUGCAACAAAUGUACGGGCUGCCUUCCUGAAAGCUGGCCUUCUCAUCACUACUGACUGUGCACCGACAAAGGUCAACGCUGUAGUCUCCCCACGACGCCGACCCGGCGGAUGCUGCUACAGGCUUUACCUGAUCGUGCAGUGUUUGGAUGGAACGGUUCAAAGCAAACACGCCUGUUCCAAGUUCCAAGAACGGUAACAUCUUGAGUAAUGAAACAUCACCAUAAUUGGUGCCGAGACUCCUGGUCGUUUUCUGGGGAGACUACAGCACAUUAAACACGCUGACAGCACAUAAGCCCUAUGGAAGGAGUGUAAAGAACAUGUUUUGGAAAUAGGUUCUGUUGGUCAAACAGUGUAUUCAAGUGCUUUCCUAAGUUGUUGUACCUACAAAAUCAAAAGACAAAAAAACGCGUCUAAACUCCAGACCGUUCAUUUCUAAUGAGCAGAGAUCUAUUUUAGUAGUCCACUGAAGGUUUAGUUGUGCGCUUCAAACUCUGUGAUACCAUGUUGUGCAGUGUUUUUUUGUUUGUUUUUUUUUAAUCCAACCCUAAAAUGUCCACAGGAGCCAUAGUGGUUAGUCGAUGCAUAUUUCAAAAAGAUUGUUUGCUGUUUACCAUGUACAGGGGAAAAAACUAAGUCUUUCUAGAUCAUGUACAAAGAUGAGAAAAAAUGAAGCGACUGAAUCUUCAGCAUGCUCCUCAUUUAAACUUGUGUUAUGUAAAUUGUGCCAUGUUAUUAAAAAAUGUGUACUAA